UGUUGCAGCGCGUGCGCAGCUGGGCGGUGACGGAGUGACGCUCGGAGUUUAGGCCGCCACUCUCACGGGUCCGGUUCCGCCCUCUUUCUCGCUGCCGACCCUUCGGGGCUAGCGCUCGCGAUCCCUUUCCCAGAGUGCCCUGCGCUGUGAAGAAGCGACUCCCGGGGACUGGGGGCAUUUUGUGUUAGUUAGAGCCGGAGUAACAAGAUGGCGGCGUCGGCGGAGUGACAGGGGUCUCACCGGCCUGGAGUCGGCGGCAGUGGUGGCCGCGAUAUCGCCGCCCUAACUCACCGCGCGCCCUUAUUCCAGCCCGCUAGGUUGCUGUGAAAGCGAAGCAGCGGCUGCCGCCCGGAAACAAGUAGCCUCACUCAAGUAACAGCGAGAAACGCCUCACAGACUGCGGCCUGGCAAAAAAAAAAAAAGAUCUGACUUGAGCGACGGCAAUCGGCUUUCCCUUGGCCGAUUCUGGACCCUGUAACGCCAGGAAAGGCCUCCGUUUUUCAGUUCCUGCGCCCUCCGUAGCCGUGCUCAGUGGACGAGCGCCAGGGCCUUCGUCCUCCCCUCAGGCGUCGGGGCUUGGCCCCAGGCUCCAUCUUCGUCUCCCAGGAUGGCGAGCAGCAGCGGCUCCAAGGCCGAAUUCAUUGUCGGAGGGAAAUAUAAACUGGUGCGGAAGAUCGGGUCUGGCUCCUUCGGGGACAUUUACCUGGCGAUUAACAUCACCAACGGCGAGGAAGUGGCAGUGAAGCUAGAGUCUCAGAAGGCCAGGCAUCCCCAGUUGCUGUACGAGAGCAAACUCUAUAAGAUUCUUCAAGGUGGGGUCGGCAUCCCCCACAUAAGGUGGUAUGGCCAGGAAAAAGAUUAUAAUGUGCUAGUCAUGGAUCUUCUGGGACCCAGCCUUGAAGACCUCUUCAAUUUCUGUUCAAGAAGGUUCACAAUGAAAACUGUACUUAUGUUAGCUGACCAGAUGAUCAGUAGAAUUGAAUAUGUGCAUACAAAGAAUUUUAUACACAGAGACAUUAAGCCAGAUAACUUCCUAAUGGGUAUUGGGCGUCACUGUAAUAAGUGUUUAGAAUCUCCAGUGGGGAAGAGGAAAAGAAGCAUGACUGUUAGUACUUCUCAGGACCCAUCUUUCUCAGGAUUAAACCAGUUAUUCCUUAUUGAUUUUGGUUUGGCCAAAAAGUACAGAGACAACAGGACAAGGCAACACAUACCAUACAGAGAAGAUAAAAACCUCACUGGCACUGCCCGAUAUGCUAGCAUCAAUGCACAUCUUGGUAUUGAGCAGAGUCGUCGAGAUGACAUGGAAUCAUUAGGUUAUGUUUUGAUGUAUUUUAAUAGAACCAGCCUGCCAUGGCAAGGACUCAAGGCUGCAACAAAAAAACAAAAAUAUGAAAAGAUUAGUGAAAAGAAGAUGUCCACUCCUGUUGAAGUUUUAUGUAAGGGAUUUCCUGCAGAAUUUGCCAUGUACUUAAACUAUUGUCGUGGGCUGCGCUUUGAGGAAGCCCCAGAUUACAUGUACCUGAGGCAGCUAUUUCGCAUCCUUUUCAGGACCUUGAAUCACCAAUAUGACUACACAUUUGAUUGGACAAUGUUAAAGCAGAAAGCAGCACAGCAGGCAGCCUCUUCCAGUGGGCAGGGUCAGCAGGCCCAAACCCCCACAGGCAAGCAAACUGACAAAACCAAGAGUAACAUGAAAGUUUAUUUCCGGACCAGGCAUAGUGGUACAAGUCUGUAAUGCCAGCAGAAGCUGAGGGAAGAAGAUCAAGUUUGAGGCAGCUUAAGCUACAUAGCAAGACCCUGUCAUAUGUUUCUAAGCAUGAAUUGAAGAACAGAAGAAGCAGAGCAGAUGAUCGGAGCAGCAUUUGUUUCUCCCCAAAUCUAGAAAUCUUAGUUCAUAUGUACACUAGCCAGUGGUUGUGAACAACCAUUUACUUGGUGUAAAGAACUUAAUUUCAGUAUAAACUGGCUCUGGGCAGCAUUGCUGAUGCUUUGUCUGGAGUUGUAGCCGCUGUAAUUGUGAAUAUUAACUGAGAUAGUGAAACAUGGUGUCCGGUUUUUUAUUGCAUUUUUUCAAGUGGAAAAGUUAACUAAAUGGUUGACACACACAAAUUGGUGGAGAAAUUGUGCAUAUGCCAAUUUUUUGUUAAAACCUUUUAUUUUGAAAUAUCCUGCUUUGAGAUCUCAUUUCAGAAGAACGGCAUGAACAGUCUUCAGCCACAGUUGUGAUGGUUGUAAAUGCUCACAAUUGUGCGUUCUUAGGGUUUUCCAUCCCUGGGGUUUGCAAGUUGUUCACUUAAAACAUUCUUUAAAUGGUUGGCUUCUUGUUUGCAAGCCAGCUGAUAUGGUAGCAACCAAAGAUUCCAGUGUUUGAACAUAUGAAAGACUGCCUGCUUACCUGUGCUAGAAAUAACAGCAUCUAAAGUGAAGACUUAAGAAAAAUUUAGUGACUACUAGAUUAUCCUUAGGACUCUGCAUUAACUCUAUAAUGUUCUUGGUAUUAAAAAAAAAGCAUAUUUGUUACAAAUUUGGUUAACAUCUUACAACUGAACAUGUAUGUAUGUUGCUUAGAUAUGUAAUCACUGUAAACAUCUAUAUGAUCUGGGAUUUUGUUUUUAUUUUGAAAUGGGAGCUUUUUUGUUUACAGGUUCAUUAAAAACUAAAAACUGUUUCUGUAAGGAAAUGAGAUUUUUUUUAAAACAAAAUGCCUUGCUGACUCAAUGAAAUAAAAAUCUCCCCAAUUUUUUGAUAGACUACUUCAAGCCAUUUGUUACAUGAUAUUCUUUUGCAAGUUGUUUAAGAUUUAGUGUUGAAAAUUCUUUUUUUUAAUUUAAAGGUUUUCUUUGGCUCUAAAGGAAAAAAUGUUUUUUUAUGACUUGCCAGGCACAGUACCUAGUGCUGCCUCUGCCAGAACUUGACAUUGUAAUUCUUGCUGCCACUGACUAAACAGCUGGACUGAUUUUGAAUAAGAAUGAAAGCGUUAAAGGGUUUGAAUACAAAAUGCUUUUCUUUAAAAUACUCAUGAAAUGGCUUUAAGCCCUUGACUCGUCCUUGGAGAGUGUCUCACUGUGAAGUUCAAGUGAUUCUUCACCCUCUCUAGCCCCACCCGCUUCUGUAGGUCACCUGUCUGUGUGUGUGUGUGUGCGCGCGCGCACGCUGCUUGAUCUCAUUUGUGCACUCUUUCUCUGAUGAAAGAAGAAAGCUUAUCAACAGUAAUUCUUUAAGUAGUGUAAUUUAUUCAUUUAUAGCAUGUCGGGAUAAAUUAAAAGAACAAUAGUCUGAAAAUGCUACCAAGAGCUUAUUGUGUAAAUGUAGGUAUUUUACUUGUAAAGUAACCUUGAAACUGUAAGUCGACAUGUUUGGUCAGAUUGUAUUGGGUUUAAUUUUGGGGUUUUUUUUUAAGGUUUGUUUUUUGUUUUUUUUAAUUUCAAAAGUACUUUAGCAAUAAUUCCAUAAUUGCCACAUUCUGCCAUUAAUGGAUAUAUUGGUACCAUAAUAUGGAAGAAAUCUUAGCCUGAACUUUGGGGUAGGCAGCUUAUUUUUUUUUUCUAACCACUCUUGUCAAUUAAGGUGUUUCUGGGGUUUUGUUUUGUUUUCUUGACUAAUAAACCCUUUGAUACUUUUAGCCAGAAAUCAGUCUCAUAAAGCUAUUUUUGAGUAUAGUUUGUGUAAAAUAAAACUGUUUAGCUUUGGUAAUAAUAACUUUUCCAAGCUGAACUCCCUCUAGCAAGAUAUUUUUCAGUGCUUUUAUUUACUAUGCACUUAGACUAUGCACUUUUUCUGAAAUAUUUUUGUAACACUUUUUUGUAUUUUUGCCAUUUGAAAAGGUUGUGGUGUAGUUGGUCUGUACUUAAGUUGCAGAUUUAAACCUGCUGUUAGCUUUGUAAAUCAAAAUAUAGGUGUUUUUGUCCUGUUAUAUUGUUAAUUUCAUCUGCAGCUGGAGCUGGAAUCCCAUUGAUCUUCUAGCUACCAUUCAUUUUCUGCACAAUUCACAAAAGAAGAUUGAGAAAUUCAGUGAAUGCUGUUACUAAUCCUGUUGGGAGAUGAAUCUCAUUUCACCAAAAUUAAAUUAUGUUUUUCCACAAAAAUGAUGACACAAGUUGAAGACACAUCACUCUGAAAUUGGAAGACCUCACCACUUAAGGCUCCACGGUGGCUUUCUCAGCUGAACUCUAGGUUACUACUCUUUACUUUGUUCACCCAUUGGGGGGUGCAGUUUUUUUAAAUGUUGGGAGAUGAGCCUUCUAACUACUGUUGAAUGUCUCUGUUUUGGGAAGGUAUAAGAAGAAAAUAAAAAAAUAUAUAUGAAGGGAGA